AUGCCAUUGCUGUCAUCAACCACAGUUAUUGGUGGUGGGCCUCACCUUUUGACUAAAAAGUCCACCUGCAAGAAGUCAUUCCUGGUGUUAGCUGGAGCAGCCUUCUUGAUUUCCUUGGCUGAUGCAGGAGGGUUUGGUGGGGGCCGAGGAGGUGGGGGAGGAGGAGGAGGAGGAGGAGGAGGAGGAGGAGGAGGAGGAGGAGGAGGAGGAGGAGGAGGCAGUUUUGGGCAUGGAGGUGGAGGCUACGGUCAAGGAGGCAAUGCUGGUGGUAAUGGGGGUGGUGCAGGAGGUGGAAGCUAUGCCCAAGGAGGUGGAGCAGGAUCAGGAGUAGGGGGCGGUUAUAGCCAAGGUAAUGGAGCAGGAGUAGGAGGAGUAGGGGGUUAUGGACAAAACAGUGGAGCUGGAUCAGGAGGAGCAGGAAGUUAUGGUCAAGGUGGUGGAGCAGGCACUGGAGGUCAAGUUGGGGGAACGUCCAGCCAGUUCUUUAAUCUUGAAGGACCUACAGGAGGCGCUGGAAGUGGUAAUGGAGGUAAUGGUUAUAGUGGUAACCAGGGAAGCGGUGGACUUGGAAGUGGCCAAGGAGGCUAUGGUGGUAACCAGGGUGGCAGUGGAUUUGGAGGUGGCCAAGGAAGCUUUGGGGGAAAUCAGGGUGGAAGUGGAUUUGGAGGUGGCCAAGGAAGCUAUGGUGGUAACCAGGGUGGAAGCGGACUUGGAAGUGGCCAAGGAGGCUAUGGGGGAAACCAGGGUGGCAGUGGAUUUGGAGGUGGCCAAGGAAGCUAUGGGGGAAACCAGGGUGGUAGUGGAUUAGGAGGUGGCCAAGGAAGCUAUGGUGGUAACCAGGGUGGAAGUGGGUUUGGAGGUGGCCAAGGAAGCUUUGGGGGAAAUAAGGGUGGAAGUGGAUUUGGAGGUGGCCAAGGAAGCUAUGGUGGUAACCAGGGUGGAAGUGGAUUAGGAGGUGGCCAAGGAAGCUAUGGUGGUAACCAGGGUGGUAGUGGAUUUGGAGGUGGUCAAGGAAGCUAUAGUGGUAAUCUUGGCAACAGUGGAUUUGGGAGUGGCUUUGGAGGCAGCCAAGGGAGCAGUGGUUACAGCAAUGGACAGAUAGGAGGUGGAACUGGAGGAGGCUACAGUGGUAACCAGGGCGGCAGUGGUUAUGGCAGUGGCCAGGGCAACAACGGAUUUGGAGGUGGCUUCGGAGGCAACAAAGGCAGUGGAGGCUCCGGUAAUGGAGGAAGUGGCUACGGAGGUGGCCAAGGAAAUGGAAGUUAUUAAUGUAUUAUGAUGUUUCUGAUAAGGUAUGCAAAUGCCAAUUAAAGAAGCUCUUUGACUGGUAAAUGUGAAGUAGAUUCAUUUUGGAGACUUUGGUUAGAUUUUGGACCUUAAAUCUUUCAUAAGCAACAGUUAUUUAUUAUAAUUCAAGGUUCUAAUUAAUACUGUAUGAAACUAUAACAA